AAUUCUCUAGACCAUCAUCGCGUCCUAGUAGCUGUCUCACAUCCGUCGCGUGCGCACGAUCCGGAGCUCAGUACCCUCCGCCUCGCCGAACAAUGGCAGCCGUCGUCUCUGAUAAAGCCGUCGAGGUCUGCGUGAAGGCCGCCGUCGGCGCACCGGACACCCUCGGCGACUGUCCUUUUAGUCAUAGGGUGCUCCUCACGCUAGAGGAGAAGAAGAUUCCCUACGAUCUGAAGUUGAUCGAUGUUAGCAACAAGCCAGAUUGGUUCUUGGCUAUUAGCCCAGAAGGUAAGGUUCCGGUGCUGAAGGCGGAUGAUGACCAGUGGGUUCCCGAUUCAGAUGUCAUCACCCAAAUUUUGGAGGAGAAAUAUCCGAACCCUCCGCUCGUUGCUCCCCAGGAGUACUCGUCAGUGGGAUCAAAAAUCUUUUCUUCUUUUGUUAAGUUCUUGAAGAGCAAAGAUGCCAAUGAUGGAUCGGAACAAGCUCUGAUUGAUGAGCUACAGGCAUUGGAUGAACAUCUUAAAGCUCAUGGCCCAUAUAUCAAUGGUGACAACAUUUCUGCUGUUGACUUGAGCUUGGCACCUAAGUUGUUCCAUCUAGUGGUAGCGCUUGAUCAUUUCAAAGGAUGGAAGGUCCCAGAGAAUCUUUCCUAUGUUCAUGCUUACAUGAAGAACCUUUUUGAACGGGAAUCUUUCUGCAAGACCAAGGCUGCAAAGGAGCAUGUGAUUGCUGGAUGGGCACCAAAAGUGAAUGCUUGAUAUGUAAGUUUUAGUUGGAGAACUUUAGGGCUGCUUUGUUUCCUGAACUCCCUUAGCUUCUGCUACUUGCUCUGUGUAAUCUGAAUAAAUAGCUAUCUUAUGGUUUGUGGUAGUAAAUGGAAUGCUUGAUAUGCAAUUUUCACUAGGAGAGCUUUAGAGCCGCUUUGUUUCCUGAACUCUCAGCUUCUGCUACAUGUUACCACAAAGUAUGAAUAAAAAAGCUCUCUUAUGGUUUGUGGUAGUAAA